AUGGACUCCAAUUCCAGUGCAGGGAAUGGCACCAGCUCUGGCUUGAGCGACCUUUUCCUCCAUUAUGGCAGGAAUGUGUUUGCUGUCCUCUAUGUCCUCUUCUUCCUCCUGGGCAUGCCCGGAAAUGGCUUGCUGCUCUGGAUCCUUUUCCGAGGUCUCCAAAGAAAGAGCGGCAGCCACAUCUCACGCCUGACGGAGCCUCUCUUCCUCAACAUCGUGAUCCUGGACCUCCUCUUCCUCCUCUACAAUGCCCCUGUGAUGUUUGGCAACAUCCUUUUCAGGGACUGGCGCCUGGGCCGCCUGCUGUGCGUCACCAACCACAGCUUCUCCAUGUGGGUCUCAUUUGCUGCCUUCUAUAGCAUGCUGGCCAUCGCGCUGCUUCGCUAUACGGCUAUCCUCCACCCUAUGAGAGUGAUGCCCAUCUCCCAAAAGCAGAUAGUUAUCGGUUGCGGGCUAAUCUGGGUGACGUGCCUUGUAUUCUCCACUCCUCUCUGGAUUAAUUAUGAGAUCAUUCACGUGGAGGGCCAGACAUAUUGCGUGAACCAAAUGGCAUGGAAGGAAGUUAACCUUUACCUGCGGCUCCUGGGAGGGGUGGGCUUCCUGCCUCCCACAUUGCUGAUGGUUUUCUGCUACUUGAGGAUCAUCUGUACCCUCAAGGUUAGGAGGGGUCUCUCUAUGCACACAGCCUCCAGCCUGCAAGUGAACUGGCGAGCUUCAGUGAUGGCUUUGGUCACCAUGGCGACCCUGGUGGUCAUGUGGCUCCCAUAUUGGCUGGUGAUUUUCUUUAUCAAGUACGACCAGUUGCUAACCACAGCCCCUAUGUACUUGGCUUAUCACCUGACGUCUCUCCUGGCCUUCGCCAACCGCUGCAUUAACCCCAUGAUCUGCUUCUGCCUUUCUUUCCAGUUCCAGGCCAGGCUGAGGAACCUCUUUAGGCGGGUAGGAAAGGGAAUUCGUCAAGUAGGUCCUAUCCAUUUGGGUAAGAUAGAAGUGUUAGGUAGCACGUGA